UUACGCUGAUCAUCGUGACGAUUAGAAAUCAACACCAAUAUCAAAGGUAUAAUAACCACAGCCCAUAUCCUAUCCCAAUUAAUUAUCCAAAUCAUUAUGGCAACACAAACUGUCUACCAUCUUACCUCCUUCACCUCCCUUGAAGGUCUUACACCCUCGGAGGAAAAACUCCCAACCAUCACCAAACAUGAAGUCCUCAUCAAAAUACGGGCCAUAUCACUCAACUACAGAGAUAUAGCCAUCGCGACGUCAAAGUAUCCUCUGCCAUGCAAGGAGAAUGUCAUACCCUGCUCCGAUGCAGCGGGUGAUAUUAUUCAAGUCGGAGAGGAAGUUGAUGAGUUGGCAGUUGGCGACAAGGCAAUCGUCACAUUCGACCCCUGGAAUUUGUACGGACCGCUGAAGAGGAAACACCGAGGACAGGGCGGACCUGUUGAUGGUGUGCUGGCGCAGUAUAUCGUCAGACCGGCAGUGAGUGUGGUUAAGAUCCCGCCUGGUCUGCCGCAGAGUUACAGCGAGUGGUCGACGCUGGUUUGUACGGGUGCGACGGUGUGGAAUGCGCUGUAUGGGAAUGUUCCGCUGAAGCCGGGUCAGACGGUUCUCUUCCAAGGGACCGGUGGUAUAUCCAUCACCGGCAUCAUCCUCGCCAAAGCCGCGGGCGCCAAAACUAUCAUCACCUCAUCCAGCGACGAGAAGCUUGCUCUCGUCAAAUCCAAAUUCCAACCCGAUUACACCAUCAACUACAAAACCCAUCCCGACUGGGCCGCCAAAGCUCUCGAAUACACCAACGGAAUAGGCGUGGAUUAUGUUCUCGAGAAUGGUGGCGCCGGGACAAUCGAACAGAGCAUCAAGGCUAUUGCCCAUGGUGGCACCGUUGCCGUGAUUGGAUUCCUGGCUGAUAUUGACCAGUCGAAGAUGCCAGAUGUGACAAUGCUGGCUUUACAGAAGGGGUGUAUUAUCCGGGGAAUCAAUAUCGGGCCUACGGAGAUGCUGCAGGAUGCUGUGAGGCUUGUGGCUGCGAAGGGACUGAGAAUGCCGGUGGAUAAGGAGUUUGGGUUUAGUCGGGAUGAGGUUAUUGCUGCGUAUGAGUAUGUGCAGUCGGGGAAGCAUAUUGGCAAGGUGUCCAUUGUUGUUGAGUAG